AGCAUCCUCGGCGUUCUUAGUGCCCCGAGAUGAAAGCAGCGAGCAAAGGGCGGUCCCACCUUCCUCUUCCUCCUCCUCUUCCUCCUCUUCCUCCUCCACCUCUGCCUCGUUCUCCGACACGGUCUACGUGAGCCUGAUCCCCGAUUUCCGGAGCAAAUACAAGCGUCUCACCAUCCUGCCCAAGAAGAUGGAGGAGGACAAGGAAAGGGGCAUUAGCGAAGACGUGAUCAAGGAUAGGACGUUGAAAUGCCAAGCCAUCCUCGUACGAGUCAUGAAGCUAAAGAAGUGCAUGGCCUACCGAGAACUGGUUGUCGAGGUCGUCCGCCAGUGCCAGCAUGCGCACUUCACGCCCGAUGUCUCUUUCGUCAGGCGGGUCGUGGAAGGGCUGAUCGACACGGAAUACUUGCGACGGGCGGAGGAAAAGAGGGACUGGCUCGAGUACAUCGCGUGAGCUAAAGAGACAGGGAGGCGGUGAGGUCGGAGAGGAGGUUGGAUUAGCAGUGUAGCAACUGAAAGUGGAGUAGAGAUGUAGAAAAGAAGCGACAGGAGGGCAUCAAAUAUGUUAAUGGCUGUGUGGCUUGUCCCUCUCUGUCCGAGUGCUCGGAUGUGUUGAUAUAUGCGUCCUUGGGCAGGGAGAGGAGGGCCGACAUGGCCCAUUUCGCACGCACGGGAGGAAGGGUUAAGUCCCUUUCUCAAUCGCGUAACAGAAAGCCCUCCUUAGUAUUCUUGUGCAUACGCUAUUUUCUGGAGCGAUGACGGAGUCUAUGAGCUGGAUGGUACGAGAAGAUGAAGCGGCUUUCACUAGGAAAGUGCUGCACAUUAUUUAGGUCCCUACAAGGGCGAUUUCGUGCGACAUCGAGACGAUCCACGGGCCCUCUGACAUCCAAACUUGUAAGAAAGUACGCGAAAAUUGGAUGAGAGG